UGUGUUGCUGCGUCGUGACGUAUCCGGAAGUGUCCCGAUCAGCAGCUGCAGCUAGCAGCGGCUAACGGCUCCUACUAGCAACCUGAAGCUCCGAACACACAGACAGGCGGGACGACAGACAGACAGACAGACAGACAGGCGGGACGACAGACAGACAGGCAGACAGGUGCAGCGGCCUCUGUGGAUGGACGUGUGCAGCUCCGGGAUGGGGCCGGAGAGAGUCUUACCGAACUCUGAGGACGAGCUGGGGGAGGACGAGCGUCCGGCUGACGGAGCGCUGCUGCCUGUGUGGAGCGGGGGGGAAGGGGGAGGGGGGGAGGAGGGGGAGGAGGUGGUGGGCGGGGCAGAGAUGGAGAUGGAGCUGGAUGGAGAGGAGGAGGAGGAGGAGGAAGAGGAGGAGGUAAACAGCGGAGGAUAUUAUUACCAACCUCUAAACCAGGAGCCUGACGGGGUGGGGGGAGGGGGGGAGGAGCAGGAGGACGGCCCCCCCCACACGGAGCAGCUGCAGCACAGGAUACAGGUGAUGGGUCUCCACCUCCCUGAAGCCCCGCCCACAGACAGCGAUGGCGAGGAGGACCCUGAGGGGGCGGCGGCCGUGAGGAGCCGAUCCUCCAUCCCCAUGGACGCAGACCACGUGGAGCUGGUGAAGAGGACCAUGGCGGCCGUGGCGUUGCCGUCUCUCGGCGUUCCGUCCUGGGCCAAUGAGAUCUCAGACGACCAGUGGAAGGACAUGGUCCAGAACACCCUGGAGAGCCGGCAGAGCGCCGCCCCCCUGCGCCUGCCCCGCAGGAACAACAUCAGCGGGCCCUGAACGCACCGCGACCACUUCAACGACCUACUGACCCCGAAUGGACCGCCACAGCUUGAACAACAUCAGCGGGCCCUGAACGCACCGCGACCACUUCAACGACCUACUGACCCCGAAUGGACCGCCACAGCUUGAACAAUGUCAGCGGGCCCUGAAUGCACCGCGACCACUUCAACGACCUACUGACCCCGAAUGGACCGCCACAGCUUGAACAACAUCAGCGGGCCCUGAACGCACCGCGACCACUUCAACGACCUACUGACCCCGAAUGGACCGCCACAGCUUGAACAAUGUCAACGGGCCCUGAACGCACCGCGACCACUUCAAUGACCUACUGACCCCAAAUGCACCGCCACAGCUUGAACAAUGUCAACGGGCCCUGAAUGCACCGCCACAGCUUCAACAACCUCCACUGACUGACUUGACCAUGACCACUUAACUUCUACUGACCCUGAACGCACCACGACUAUUUCAAGGACACAACUUAAGUUUUCAGAUUGAACUUGAAGCUUCUGAAACUGAACCCGUAGUUUCUCUAUUUAGAAGCUGAUUCUUUUAUUUUAACUUGUUUUAGGGCGAUUGAUAAAAUAUGUAAUGUUCCUCCAUCACAGCGUAGAAUCACCAUCUUAGUAUCUGAGCAACACACAAACCAAGAAACCACUUGAGUUCUGGUUCAGCUGACAGACCGCUGGACUCUAGACUAGCCGGACUCUCAGCCGGACUCUGGACUCUCAGCCGGACUCUGGACUCUCAGCCGGACUCUGGACUCUCAGCCGGACUCUGGACUCUCAACCGGACUCUGGACUCUCAGCCGGACUCUGGACUCUCAACCGGACUCUGGACUCUCAGCCGGACUCUGGACUCUCAGCCGGACUCUGGACUCUCAACCGGACUCUGGACUCUCAGCCGGACUCUGGACUCUCAGCCGGACUCUGGACUCUCAGCCGGACUCUGGACGCUCAGCCGGACUCUGGACUCUCAGCCGGACUCUGGACUCUCAGCCGGACUCUGGACUCUCAGCCGGACUCUCAGCCGGACUCUGGACUCUCAGCCGGACUCUGGACUCUCAGCCGGACUCUGGACUCUCAGCCGGACUCUGGACUGUGGCUAAAAGGAGCCAGCUGAUGGGGGUACCGGACAUUAGUGAGCUCAAUAAUUUAGUUCGACCGGAAGCUGUCACUCCGUCUAAACCCGCCCACUCCUGAGCCGAUGUCCAAUCAAACUCGUCCACUGAAAACACUGGUUGAUGUUACUUCACUGUCAUACCCAGCGUGGGAACUUUGACAACCUCUGGUUCCCAUAAGCAUUUUAUUUAUAUUCCACAUUGAUUCUUUUGAUUCCUUACUCAUGUUAAUAAUCGUAAUUUUUUUCUUUCUCAAUUGUGUUCAUUUGUUUAUUAUUUUCUGAAUGUUCAUAAACAAAAUUAAUAAUCAACUAAUUGAGAAAACAAUCUACAGACUAAUCAAUAACUUCAAUAGUUGCAAACAUAAAAAAAGGCUUUUAUUGAAAGGUUCCUAUGAUUGUAUAUUAAAUAAUCCAACGUGUUUUAUUUAUGCAUCUAUACAUAUCUCUAUGUAUAAAUACACAUACUUAUGUAUGUGUAUUUAUACAUAGAGAUAUGUAU